AGCCGCGUCCCGCACCAGCUGCAUUUUGAUCCUCCACUGGGCUGCUGCCCUGAAAAAAAACAUGUCGUCCACAAUGGCCUCGUAUGCUAGCGAUUGCGGUAAUUGGUCCGAGAGCAUGCUGAGCAACCCGGAUGUGCGCCACCAUUUCGACCACCACCAUCAUCACCAUCACCAUCAUCACCAUCAUCAUUGCCAUCAUAGCCAUCAUUGAAGAGUGGCAUGGCGCGCAAAGAUCGGUCGAUGAUGAAACGACGAAGCAUGGAAUCGCGGCUGUGGCACUUGUUGCAACAGGUGCCUGCAGCUGAAAGGCGACGGAUCUUGGAAACGUUAUCUGAGACCCAACGGCUGGCUUUGGAGCGCUGGGCGCUCAGCGGAGGAGGUGGUCGCCACCUCCCGGCUGCACUGCCGAGAAAGACUUCAGCAACGAAGCGCACGCGUCGGCGUGCGGGUGGGAGGACUGGUGUUCCUGGCAUCUGCAGCCAUGCUCAUGCUGGACAGAUCCGCUAUGAUGCACGCGUCUCAUGCUGGCCCUUCAGGCUCUCCUGUCGUAUGUCCAGUGACCUGAAGGUCGUGCUGAAGCAGCUGGAGCUGCUGAAUUCGGUGAAGCGCCGAUUUGUUGCUUUGGUCCAACAAUGCUCCUGGCGCUGUGGGCAAGGCAGCGGCGCCCUGCGGGACUUCCGCUGGCAGUGCUUCAGCGAGUGCCUGGCUGCCGAGCUCAGGAGUCGUCAGGAUGCGGAGCUGGACAGCGGGCUGCGCUUCGAUGCCUGUGUUCCCAGCUACUUUCUCUUGGGCAAACGUCUUCACACGCCGUGUUUCCCCGUGACCUGCUCCGGGCUCCGCCUGGGCCAUGCCGCCUGGCGAUCCCUCUGCGACGCCUUGGGAUCCCUGGGAUCCGUGGAUGGCACAGCGAAGCGACGGAAUCGCUACACGGCGCUACGGAUGAGCCCAGAGGAUCUGCAGGAGACGUGGCAGAAGAUUCGGCACGUCUACUCCUCCGUGUGGAGUGCCGCAGGACAGAGUCGCAAGAGGCUGGCAGCUCAGUUAUCAGCCCUCGAGCGUGACUUCGUGAAGCGGAGCAAUGCUCGAAGUCCAGCGCUGGAACUUCCGCGACGCAACAAGGAGGAUGCUGAGCAGAAGAUCUGCAGGCUGUUGCAACGCUGGAGUAAGCGUAGUGGAAGCAAGUUCUGAUGCGAUCGGAUCGGUUGGUGACCCUGGUUCUGUUGGUGUCACAUGAACUGCGCAGAUCUUUGAAAAAUUUGGUGAAGUGAAUAUGUGGCGCUUGCUCCCGCUGUUUUGGGACAUGAGGGCAGCAGGACUCUGCCAGGACUCUGGGUCCAUCUCGCUGGAAAGCGGGAGGUGAGAUGGAACUCCACCUUCCAGCUGAGUUCCAGGCUGUUCCAUGCCUCAGUGUCCUGGGAAGGAGGUCCAGAUUUCCCCAGCAACGAAAUUUCGUUUGCUUCAAGUUGUUUGUUCCUGAAAAAAGGUGACCUAUACCGUUACCGUGACCUAUACCUGGACUUUCGCUGAUGGCACCAGCCAGAAUGGCGUCAGCUCCAACUAGUCAACUAGGCUCAGGAGGCAGUCCCAGUCACCCGCCUGUGCAGAGUUGGAUGACGAAAAAUGGAAGGAUCAGAUGGCAAAAAAAAGAUGCUGGUGCAACUGGGAG